CGUGACCAGGUCAGGAUAACCUGUGGACUCCCGCGCCACAAGGAGCACUUUGUUUACGCUGGUCAGGGCAGAAGUAACGUCCGUCUCCUGCUGAGUCUCCUUUUUCCCCAUCGGACACCGCCACUGAGCUCCAGAAUGAAGCUCCUGCUCAGUGUGAUGCUGCUGGGGGCCACGCUCGGCAUCCUGGGCUCCACUUCUGUGGACCGACCCAAAGUAAUUUCAGAGGACACUUUAAAACAGCUGUCCGCGGAUGGAGAGAAACUUGUGGACGACGAGGUGAAGAGGGCCUUGUACGGCGUGACGCAGAUGAGGGAGGUGAUGUGGAGGAACGAGCAGAAGCACGAGCACCUCAUGAAGUCCCUGAGGCACAGCGGCGACAAGAAGAAGGGGGCAGCCCAACUGGCGAAAGAGGUGACGGAGAAGCUGGAGGAGGCAGAGGAGCACUGCAAAGACACCCUGCAGUCUGAGUGGGAGAAGUGCAGGCCGUGUCUGGAGGACGCGUGCAAAACCUUCUACGCCUCCACCUGCCGCAGGGGCUUCGCCACCUUCCACACCAAGGUGGAAAGCUUUUUCCGGAGGGUCUCCCAGCGCAUGGGGCCUCGGGAGCGCAGACCGGAAGCCGACGACAUCCUGGUCAACCAGGGUCCCGACGACUCCGACACGGACGUGGCACGGCUGGAGGAUUCCUUCAACCGCGUGAUGAGCAAAGUGGGCACCCUGGUCAACCGCAGCAUCAGCCUGGUCAGCAGCAUGAGCGACCGGCUGGACAGGGCCCUGCAGAGAGCCCUCCUGAACAGAACCGACGCCUCGCCGGAAGAAACCACCACGGAUCCUUUCUACCCCGUCCGAGACUCGGGGUUCCUGCAGGGCGUCGGGCUGGAAGAGGUUCUGGAAUCCUUCUUCGACUUCGGCAAGAGUGUUGUGGAGGAGUUCGGAUCCGUGGUGACCCAGGUGUUUGAUGACCUCCACAAGGCUGUGGAAGAGGAGAAGAAGAAAGAGAGGGAUAGCUUCCCUCGAUUCCUUCAGAACAGGAAGUUGUGCAGAGACCUUCGCAAACAGACGUCCGAGUGCUGGCAGCUUCAGAGCAAGUGUGAGGCCUGCCAGGGAGCUCUGCUCACAGAGUGUCCCGGGGUCCAGGAGCUGCACGUGGAGCUGGACGAGGUUUCCCAGCUGCUGGAUGUGUCCAAAGAGCAGUACGACGAGGUCCUGUCCAUCGUCCAGCGGCACGCCGACGAAACCAUCAACUGGCUCGGCAACAUGGCGGCCGAGUUCAGCUGGGUGGCCAAAGCCGCCAGCAACAGCAGCUCCCCUCGGAAUAUCUUCCGCAUCUCCAUGGUGGCACCAGAGACCCUGGAUGAGCAGAACAUGUCUGUUUCUGAGACUAAAGUGGAGGUGAACAUCCUGAACUCCCCCCCACUCAUCUUCUCUGUUCCCGGGGAGCUGGAAGUGAGAGACCCCAGCUUCAUCCAGUACGUGGCCCAGGAGGCUCUGGGCAAAUACAAAGAGAUAGUCAGGAUCGAGGAUGAAUAAAACUACAGUGUCUUCUUAAUCUGCAGCACUUUAUCAAUUAACUUAGAUUGUGUUUGUGAAGUAGGAAAUAGGACGUUGAAACACAAAUACACUAUAGUUGUAACUGCCAUUGCCAUGUACUGAAUGUAAAAAAAUGAAGAAAUCAAACCUUGUCAAUAAAUAAUAAAACUACUUAUUG